AGAAACAUGAAUUCCAGGUGGAGAAACAACUGAGUUGGAUAAGGGCUAUUUUUCUUUCUUUUCCCUUCCUAGAACAACAUUCCGGCGAGAUGUCGGCGGCUUUCUCCCUCCCGCAAGUAAGCUUCUGCCGUCCAGGUUCCCGCGUUUAUAGCUCGCAAUUUGCGAGCUUGCUUCCGGCGAAAGUACAGCGGCGGAGUUUGAGAUUGAUUUGCGCACUGGUCUCCGAGGAAAGGCGGGAGAGCAGGAGGCUGGUCUCCAUCUCUCUCGCCGCGUUUUUCUACUGGUCAUCAGUGCCGAAAGAGGCAGUAGGAGGCAGCAUUUUCGAUAACUAUGUUAAAAGGAAAAAGCUUGAACCACUAGAAGCUUAUGUUCCAGCUGUGAUAUUAGCUCAAUUUCAGAUUAAACAGUUAGGAAAAUCUCUGGAAGUCGAUCAACCAAAAUAUGCUGACUGCAGGAGUUUAUUACGUUCUGGUCCUGCUGCAUCUCUUCGUGUUAAUAUUCGAGCAGUGGCUCAGUAUGCAUCUGAGGAUGGCAAUGGUACAUUAGCCUUUGGAGAAGUUGAUCAGUGUCUGAGAUCAUUGGAAGAACUGGAUUCAUUGCUUUUACAUGCAUCAAGAAAUGAAGGGGACGUAUCUGUGCAAUCUAUGAAGGGGAUGACCACUGCAGCAAUCAAUGCACUAGACGAACUUCUAAAAACAGUCCCAGCCAAUGUACUUGAACAAGGGCGGGCCAUAGCUGAUGCAUAUAUGGAGUCUUCCAAGGAAGAAGAAGCACGACCGCCUCCAAUCGUUGAUUCAAAUCUAAAGCAAUUGGAAUCCAUAUUGUAAAAAUGUUAUAAUAUUAAGCCUGAACUGUAGGCCUUGUUUGGGAACAACGUUUUCGAUUAGCGUUAGCGUUAGCAUUUUGGAUAAAAUUUUAAUGGUGUAGAUUAAUUCUGGAAACGCCAACGCUAAAGACUAUCGUCGGAUAGCCUUUUCAAAACACAAACGCUAACAUCUAACGCUGAUGCCAAACGAGGCCGUAGUCUUUUAGUGUUGAUUGAUAGGGUAUAAUGACAUCAUUUGGUCCAUGUAGCCGACCCCACCUAGUGGGAUAAAGCUUGAUUGUUGUUGUAUUGUGUAUCCUACUCUCAAUAGAAAAAAUACUCCAUAUUUGG